AUGGCUGAUAAUGCUCCAGUUGUUAAUGAAGAAAUUCAACUCGGUAACUUAAAAACAUCAAUAGUUAAGUCUCUUGCUAGAAUUCCUUUGUAUCCUAUUAAUGUUGCAAAAAUAUUGAUGCAACUUGGUUAUGAACCUUUCCCAUGUGAAGAAGGAAGAGUUUUUUAUGUUCUUGGAAGAUCUGCUUUCUUCUUACCAAAUGGAUUUAAAUACAUUCGUGAACUUGCUAAACGUGAAGGGUUUGGUACAUUGUUUAGAGGAUUAGAUUGUUAUAUUCUUUUUAAUAUUACUAAUGAAUUUGUUAGAAAAGAAAUCAAUAACUAUUUGGAUAUUGAGUAUCCUACUUUUGGAGGUUAUCAACAUGUUAAUGCUGAUGACUUUACAAAACUUAAUGAUAAAGAAGCUUUAGCUGUUACUUUUAGAAACUUUGUUCGCGACUUGGUUUCUUCUAACGCCGCAACUCUUGUUUCGAGACCAUUUUGUGUACUUUUUGUAAGACAAGUUGCUCAAAUAAUUGGUCAUGAAAAUAAAUAUACAAAUGUUUUCCGUGACAUUUGUAUUAUUGGAAAUGAAGAAGGGUUAAAAGGUUUGUUUAGUGGCUUAACUGCAGCAAUUGUUGGAACUUCAGUUGUUGUACUUGUUCAUCAUACAUGUUCAUUUAUAAUUGAACGUUCUCUUCUCAGAGUUCCACGUAAUGAAGAUGAGACUGAAGAAGAGAAUAUUGCUAAGAUCAAAAAAAGUAAACAUUUCAUUGAACAUGCCAUUCAAUUUGUUUCUAACUAUUGGAGUUAUCCAUACCAACUUGUUUCAAGUAUCAUGGCUGUUACAGGAUCCCAACUCUUCUGUUCUUUAAUGCCAUACACUCCAACUUAUAAUCAUUAUGAAGAUCUUUUUGAUUAUCUUAAAAAUAAUGGAUCCAUUAAUAGAGGAAAUAAAUUAUUCUUUAGAGAAUACAAAGGACCAAUUGAAGUUGAUAUUAACAGAAAAAUAUAUGCUGAUAACAAGUAUUUUUCAUAA